CAUGACCUCCAUGAUGAGAGAAAAGAUCGACUUUAGUUCUUUUGAGCCGGUCAAACCACAGAAAGCAGCAGACACGAGGGCGCCCUUCGACGAUCCAGGAGCAGACAUCAUCUUACGCUCGUCCGAUAACGUCGACUUCCGCGUCCACACCCUCAUCCUCUCCAUGGCCUCCGAUUUCUUCAAGGUUACACUACAUGCCUCUUCUCUGUCGCAGCGAACCACUGGUACAGACGGCCUUCCCAUCGUGUCUAUCCCAGAGCCUUCUCACAUCCUCGACAUACUCCUCCGCUCAUGUUAUCCCCGGCGCUUACCGUUAUCGAAAACGAUACCGCUCAUCGACAUCGGGCUCGUUCUCGACGCCGCCCAGAAGUACCACAUGAACGCAUUCGACGACGUCGCAGGAUCGCUUUUGAUGAACUUCGUCGACGAAGAGCCGGUCACGGUGUACGCGAUCGCAUGCUGCCACGGCCUGAAGGAUGUCGCGGCUAAGGCUGCCCUGUGCUCCCUGAAGCAACCCUUCAUGUCCUCCCGCCCUCAAGAGCUAGACAAUAUAUCGGGCACCCAGAUGUACGACCUCCUGCAGUACCACCGCACAUGCGGCGAGGUUGCCAGUGCAGUCGCAUCGUCCGCACAAUGGCUGUGUGCAUGUUCCAACACGAUAACCAAGACACAGCUCUGCACGACGUGUUACACCAAAAGGGCGGGUUCUCAGUGGUGGGCACCGAACGGUAUAUGGGACCAUUUGGUCAAAGCGGGUAAGGUGUUGAAAGGACACCCCUACGGACAAGCGAUCUAUCGCGAGGGCAUCAUGCAGCCCUCCAUCACAUCUUGCAGGUGCGGCAAGGGCAUGGAUAGGCUAGAUGGCCUGGUUCAGCUGUGGCAAAUGUUUGCUGCUGAAGUAGAUAGGGCGGUAUCUGAGGUUCCUCCUCCAAAGAUCUGACUCGUUAUGCUCGAACUGCUCGUCAAUGCUUUUCAGAGCACGUCUGUAUUUCUGCCCUGUAUUUUUGCAUCUGUUAUGUGCCGUUACUGUUCCUCAGGCUCUGUAUGGUAAAGCUGUGUGCCAACGAUUCAAUGGUCAUACGUUUCUGUAUUCUUGGCAUCG